UCGGGGAGAGAUUGAGAGACAGAGAGAGCGCGAGCCACCUGGAUCGGGUGAAAAAAUAGACGGCCGUAUCUUGCAUUCACCAGCAAGCAAAACAAAGAAGAGGUGGAAGAUUCGAACCUGCAUCUCCACGGUGACGUUCUUCUAAUCUUCGGCAGCGGCGGCAAAAGCACAGUUGCGUGCACCCAGAGGAUAUCCGACCCUGCGAUGUGACGAGUCGAGUCUCGGCCACCACGAUCAUUGAGGACGAGUUGAUACAUUUCACGUCAUUCAAUCAUUCUCAACCCUUACAAACUAAAUAAAGAUUUUCGGAAUGACUCUCACCUAUACGUCUUCAAUCCAAGGGGAAAGAACGAACCACGUCCCCGAAUUGAAACGACACUGUCUUUCCCAAGAACUCGCCUUUAAUGUACUACAACGAAACUGGUCCCGGGAUUCCGAAAGUUCCUGUCAUCCUAUGCACUCUAAUGGAGACAAUUUCCAUGCCGUUUGUCAACGGCCACCGACUCUUAAGGCGAUUUUAACUUCAAUCCCCUUACAUUUCAAGCUGGCCCCUCCGCCUAUUCCAUGUUAUCUGCUCUACCUGUAAUUUCUUCAAGCAUACACAAGAAAAAUCUAUGAGGACCACCGAGCAGUUUAUUUCCUUUCCACAUGCAUUGCAGAAGAGCUUUUGAGGAGAUCAAGAGAAGAGAGAGGGACGUCCCUCCCAGAGGAAGAGAGAGAGAGCGGGACAUGUGGUGUAAUGGCCUUUGAGAGGAACGCCUUUAGCCUUUCGGGACCAUUACACCUAGCUUCUGUUGACUGAGCAUGGGAAUAGUUUUAAGUUCUCAUUGGUUUUGCUGGAUGGUCUCUUUCUAUACUUUCAAGAUGAUGAGGGAAAAAGAUGCUAUCUGUAUAUGCAGGGAGAGUGCACAUUACCGAAGAUCUGUUGCUGCCAGUUUGGUUAAGGGUGUUUACAUUCUUGAGUGGGACCGCCAAGAGAAACUUCAAGGUCCCCACGCCCUUGCUCCUCCUUGGUGGGAGUUUUUUCAAUUUCAGUUGCUCCGUCAUCUUGUGGAUGAUGCUGAUUUUUCCAUCUUUGGUGCCAUAUACGAAUUCAAACCUCUGGCAUCUUACUAUAACUAUUCAGGGGAUGGUAGUCCACGUUAUGUGAUUGCUUUCCGAGGCACCUUGCCUAAGCCAGGCUCCCUCUCGCGGGAUCUCGAGCUGGAUCUCCACUUGAUGAAAAAUGGACUUCACCUAACAUCUAGAUUCGAGACUGCUAUGAAAGCUGUCCAAAACAUGGUUGCUGCUGCAGGUGCUUCAAAUGUCUGGCUAGCUGGCCAUUCACUAGGGUCAGCAAUGGCAAUGCUUGCUGGAAAGACAAUGGCCAAGACCGGUAUCUUUCUUGAAUCUUUUCUCUUCAAUCCGCCCUUCUUUUCUGCCCCCCUCGAGAGAAUUAAGGAUAAAAAAGUAAAGCAUGGGCUUCGAAUUGCAAGCAGCGUGAUCACAGCAGGACUCACUCUUGCUAUGACUGCUAAACAUCAAAGGAAUUUGGCAGCUGAAGAUCCAUUUGCUACCUUGUGCGCAUGGACCCCUCGUCUAUUUGUUAACCCAGCAGACCCAGUUUGUUCAGAAUAUAUCGGGUAUUUCGAACACAGGAAAAAGAUGGAAGAAAUGGGAGCAGGAAUCAUUGAGAGGUUAGCAACCCAGAACUCGAUCGGGAGUCUGUUAAUGAAUGCAAUGGGGAUGGAGGCAGAGCCACUACACCUCAUACCUUCUGCAAGUCUAACAAUCAAUUUAACUCCUUCCCGGGGUUUCAGACAAGCUCAUGGAAUUCAUCACUGGUGGGGACCUGAUCUGCGGUUGCGGUCUGAGCUCUACAAGUAUAAAUAGAUGUUGCUAUAAUUAUCAGUAUUAUUUGCUGAAAGAAUUUAUAGCUGUGUUGGCGAUGAAUUGUUUUGGUCUUCCUCGUAAGUGAUUAUGGAAGCACUUCUGAUCAGUUUCUUAUGCUGCAACCGAGUGAUGGCAGCCAGCCAGCCAGACGGUCAAUUUGAAAGCUGUUUUUGUUUCAUUAUUAUGGACAGUUAAAGGUUCAGAGACUAUGAAGUAUGAAGCCACCAAUUUCUCUCAUUUCAUUACCUGGAACAUGUAAUUCGAAUUGCAUCAUUGUAUGUACUUAAUUAGAGCCAUAUUUAACAAAAAUAUAAUGCCUUGUAACAUAAGAAAUGAUUCGUGGUAUGGAUUGCAACUUUUAAGGUAAUUUCGUAUAUAUAUUUUUAAUUUAACAGUUUAAAUUUUAAUAGUUUAGUA